AUGAAAGAAAACAAAGAGACCGCCAAAAGAACACAGUUUCUUCUCUUCUGGGGGCAAUGGUUUGUCCUAAUGCUGCUGCCUUGCUUUGGCACAUCUGCCUGUGACAAAGUGAACAGUGAUUCUCUCUUGUCCUUGGCUCUCCAGGCACCAUUGAAUUUGAAUUGGUCUUCUUCCACUGACUGUUGCCUUUGGGAAGGAAUAACCUGCGGCCCAGGAGAUCAAGGACAUGUCGUCCGGCUUUGGCUGCCUAGGAGAGGCUUAACUGGUGUCAUCAAUCCAUCAAUCACAAACCUCACCCAUCUCACCCACCUCAAUCUUUCCCACAAUUCUUUCCUGGGUUCUCUCCCUGAAGAUUUGUUUUCAUCUCUCUCUAGUCUCCAAGUCAUUGACUUGAGCUUCAAUCGUCUCAUUGGCCGCCUACCACCUUCAAAUAAAAUCAGUCAGCUUCAGGUUCUGAACUUGUCUAGCAAUUUCUUCAAUGGAACAAUCCCAUCUUCGAUCCUUGUCCCAUCGGUGUCCAUUUUCAAUGUCAGCAACAACAGCUUUUCCGGGUCGAUACCCAUCGACAAUGGUAGCAACCACACAUCCCUUACCUUCUUGGACUUGUCCUACAAUAAACUCAAUGACACAAUUCCCCCUGGAAUCGGAUUAUGUUCCAAGCUCCAAGUUUUCCGUGCAGGCUUCAAUAGCCUCUCUGGUUCUCUCCCUGAUGAAAUUUUCAACCUUGCUGAUCUCCGACAGCUCUCUCUGCCUGUCAAUAGUCUUACAGGACCCAUCAACGAUGGUAUCAUGAACCUCACCAAUCUCCAGAUCCUGGAGAUCUUUUCAAACCAGUUCUCUGGGCCAAUCCCAAGCCAAAUUGGUAGUCUUUCCAGGUUGGAAAAUCUGCUGCUCCACGUCAACAACCUCACAGGCCCCUUACCUCUAUCUCUCGCCAACAGUACAAAGCUGUCUGCUUUGAAUUUGAGGGUCAACAACUUCACUGGAGACCUCUCUUCCUUCAACUUCUCCCCUCUCCAACGCCUCACCACUCUGGACCUUGGCAACAACUACUUCACUGGUGAGUUCCCCAAAAGCCUCUACUCUUGCAAGUCACUAACAGCUAUUAGAUUGACCGAGAAUCAGCUCACAGGACAGAUAUCACCUGAAAUAGUUGCAUUAGAAUCCUUGGCUUUCCUCUCCAUCUCUACCAACAACAUGACAAAUGCCACUGGGGCUCUUAGGAUUCUAAAGGGUUGCAAGAACCUGACCUCUCUGAUCUUGUCCAAUAAUUUUCCGUUUGAGCCUGUGCCAGAUGAUAAAAGCCUAGGAGACCUAGAUGGAUUCCAAAGCCUUCGGGUUUUUUCUCUGGGGGGGUUGCCAAUUCACAGUCUGCCCAACCUUUUCUACAUUGAUUUGUCCAAUAACCUCCUUCAAGGUGGAUUUCCUAAUGACCUCUGUGGGAUGCCAGUUUUGACAUCGAAAGAGGCCAGUGAUAACGUGGACAGAAGUUAUUUAGAGUUGCCAGUAUUUGUGAAGCCCAAUAAUGCUACUGAUCAGCAGUACAACCAACUGUCCAACCUCCCCCCAGCCAUAUAUUUGAGUAACAACAGCCUUAAUGGCAGUAUCCCCAUUGAGAUUGGCCGAUUGAAGUUUAUUCAUGUGUUGGACCUUAGUCAUAACAAAUUCUCUGGCAGCAUCCCAGAUCAGAUUUCUAACCUCACUAACUUAGAGAAAUUGGAUCUUUCCUAUAACAAUCUAUCUGGUGAAAUCCCUGUUUCUCUCAAAGGUCUGCAUUUCUUGUCUUCCUUCAGUGUGGCAUACAAUGAUCUUCAGGGACUUGUACCAUCUGGAGGUCAGUUUGAUACUUUUACCAUCUCCAGCUUUGAAGGGAAUCCGGGCUUAUGUGUCCCUCCAACUCCCAAGCGCUCUUGCCAUCAAAGCCCUCAAAGCCCUCCACAAGUACUUGAAGUUACUCGGAGAUCUAAGACGCAGACGAUUCUUAUUGCACUCGUCUUUGGGAUCUUCUUUGGCAUUGGCUUUGGUAUUGGUUUUAGCAUGGAUGAUAAAAAAAUUCCAAUAAUUGGCUGGCGUAGGAAGUAA